UUUGUGGGUAUUGGGAGGUUUGCGUGACUUAAUCUUUAUAUAUUUGGAUAGUAGGCAAUGAGAGGAAUCCAUCUAUACAAAUUUUUUUCAAUCGGUUGUGUGAAGGUAUUCCAAAAAAUAUACCAGGGUAUUGCAGGUCCAUGGAAUUGAAAUGGCUUUUGUGUCUUCUAUGUUCUAGCUGAGGUCAAACAUACACAACUUACAUUCUGGCAGUAAAGAGUAUGGUCUUGUCCCUCAGUUGUAUCACCGCGAGUUAUAUUGGAGAUUCCAAAAUCACUUGAUUAUUGGUUGGCCGGAUGAGAUAUAAUGUGAGGAUUGAGGCAAAGAGAAUUGAGAUGUCCAGCCAGCUCGCACAUCUGUCCCUUGUUGCUCAGACAAAUGCAAAGCAUACAGCAUCUGUGAUAUUUAUGCAUGGAUCAGGAGGAACAGGGUCGAUGGUCAAAGAGAGUAUGAAGAUAUUGUUUGGGAGAAACUUCUCCUUCCCCCACAUUCGUAUUCUGUAUCCCACAGCUCCAGAACGUGCCUAUACACCAUCCUUUGGAAUGCGCCAGCAUGUAUGGUUUAACAGACAUGAUGUGGAAAUCAGUGCACCAGAGGACCUAUCAACUGUUGAACCCAUGGCAGAAGAAAUCAACAAGCUGAUUGAUCAAGAAGUCAGACUUGGAGUCGACGUUAAACGAAUAGUAUUAGGGGGUUUCUCUAUGGGAGGGAGCAUGGCCCUACAGAUGGGCUAUCGUUUCCGUCCUGAAGUUGGAGGUGUCUUUUCACUUUCAUCAUUUCUGAAUCGUGGAUCCAAAGUAUACGAGGGUUUGAAGACAUCACAAGACACAAAUUACCCACCACUCUUCAUGUGCCACGGAGAGAGAGAUGAUGUGGUUCCUUAUGAAUGGGGUGAUGAGACCUUUAGGGAUCUGCGAGAAUUACAAAUCAAAGGAGAAUUUCAUACUUUCCCUCGGAUGUUCCAUACUCUGUGCAGGAAGGAACUCGAGAUGCUCCAUCAGUGGCUCUUACAGAUUUUGCCAGAAGUAUAGAUCAUAAAAUUUAUAUUGCAUUUACUUGUAUUAUUUAUUGAUAAAGUAGAUUUGCAUAUUUAUUUUUUUUUAUUGAUAACUAGCCUGUAUAUGGGUCACUAGAUAGCAUUUAGAACAAAUUUUAUAUUUUUUAUUUGUUUAUGAAAUUUAUGCAAAAUUAUGUUGGAAUGUUUUGAACAUUUACAAGAGGUUAUAAGUGGUGUAAGUUUCAAAUUUGUUAAGUACAUGUAUAUUUAUAUAAAUUUUACCAAAAAAAA